UCAGUUCACUUGUUAGUGGGCGCAGAGGCAAACAAAAUACCUGAUUUCCAAGCAAUAGUUUGUUCGAACUAGAUCACUUCCAGACAUUAUGUGCAGUGCUGUCGGAUUGGUCGAAAUAAAUAAGUAAAAACUGAAUACGGAAACUGACAACAAUCGGAGCAUGUGAGGUGUCUGUUUGUGUGAAUAUUCUGUGAUAAAUUAAAAUUAUAUUGUGAUGAAACAGUACUACCAAUAAAUAUCUACAUCCCAAUAACCAGAGCAUGAGGUAACACAACGUCGAUGCGUUCAAGGACGCUGCGCGGGCGGCUGCGGCGGCGGCCCGGCGGCUGACAUGCGUCGCUCGCGUCCUGCGUGGAGCCAUGCCGCGGCGCAAGCGGCGCGUGGCGUCGCGCCUGCGCGCCUGUCUGCGGCAGCUGGGAGCCUUCCUGUUCAGCAACGUCGGCGUCGUCGUGCUCGUCGUCGGGUAUACCAUCGCUGGAUAAGUAAAGAGCUCCACGUGUACCAAAGCAAGAUCGUGUUCGCUGUCCGGCACGGUUGGGACGGAGGCCGCUCCAGCCGGCAAUGGAGCUUCUCCUCCGCCUUCCUCUACUCCCUCACUGUCAUCACUACUAUAGGUUACGGUCAUCUGUCUCCGCGGACGAGUUGGGGCAAAAUCUCCACCAUCUUCUACGCACUCCUCGGGAUGCCGUUGUUUCUGCUCUACCUCACUAAUGUUGGUGAGCUGUUGGCGCGGUGGUUCAAAUGUAUCUAUGCACUAGUAUGCCUCUGUAGAGGGUGCCCUGGAUUCUCAAGAAGAAGGAUUGCCAGACUUCGUACUCAGUUAGAUAUUAGUGAAGCAGAGAGCAUAGAGCGGCCGGAACAUUGGAGGGAGCGGCAUGACUGGGACACGUUCUGCAGACAUCCAGACUUGAGGCAUAUGGACUAUUAUCCAGAGUUCUACGCUCCAGGCAGAUUCCCAUCAAGGCCGAGAUUCCCCACAGAAAGAAUUCCCUUGGAAAGAAUCCCGGAGAGGGCAGAAAGAAUACCCGACUUCGAAUCUGCGGGUACCCCACCACACAGAUAUUUUCAAAGGCGAACAGACUACACAAGGAGUGCUUCGAUGCCGCAACCGUACGCGAGAGCGCCCCCCCGCGCGCCCCGCGGCUGGUCGGAACCGGCACGGAUGGACCAGGAAAGCAGCGAGUUCAGCUACGUCACCUUCGACGCUCAGACAAUCACAGUGCCUAUUAGCGUCUGCGUCGCUAUUAUGGUUGGGUAUUUAAUAUUCGGGUCGAUGAUAUUCGGGCUAUGGGAGAAGUGGGACCAGCUGGACGGCGCGUACUUCUGCUUCAUAUCGCUAAGCAGUAUUGGAUUCGGCGACUUCGUCCCGGGCGAGAGGAUAUACACUCCCCGGAUCGAGACGUCCUUCAUCGUGUGCUCCAUGUACCUGAUGCUGGGCAUGGCCCUCGUCGCCAUGUGCUUUAACCUCAUGCAGGAGCAGGUGAUACAUUACGCCGCUGGACUGAAGCGUGCCGUGAAACGAAUAUGCCGCUGUAAGAGAUGACAACGUCGUAUAUACCUUGGAAUUGUAGGUUAUACUUCAUAAUAUAGUUACGUUAUUACAGGAAGCGCAUAUAAGAGCGCAACUAAGCCGCUCCUACGGGCUUAGCACCGUAAGCGCGCGACUCUUUCUCGCCUCGACACACGUCACCCGUCACUCUCUCACAGAACUGCAUAGAAAGAGACAGAUGAUCUCUGUUUGAGGAGCUCGGUGGCGCAGCGUUAAAACGCGCUCGAUCUGCGAUUGUUGAAGUUAAGCAACUUUCGCAAAGGCUGGUCAUAGGAUGGGGGACCACUAAAAAAAAAAAGUUUUCAUCUCGAGCUCCUCCGUGCUUCGGAAGGCACGUUAAGCCGUUGGUCCCGGCUGCAUUAGCAGUCGUUAAUAACCAUCAAUCCGCACUGGGCCCGCGUGAUGGUUUAAGGCCCGAUCUCGCUAUCCAUCCAUAGGGAAGGCCCGUGCCCCAGCAGUGGGGACGUUAAUGGGCUGGUGAUGAUGAUCUCUGUCGCGGCGAGAAAGAGUCGCGUGCUUAAAGUGCUAAGCCCGCUAGUUUGGACACUUGUCGACAUGGCCGAAUACGGCUGGAGAAAUAUUAUACAGGAAGCCUUCUAGUACCUAUACAUACACGUAUAAGAUCACGCAUCUUCCCGGUUGGGGUACGCAGGGACCACGGAAUUCCAUUGACUACGAUGCUGACUUUUACUUCUUCCACUCUCAUCAAAGUCUUCAUGUAUGCUCGCCGGUUUAGGGUGGUAUUAAUAAACUAAUCUCAACUGAGACUGCCCUCAAGAUCAUGCUCAAGUCCCUGUCUAAAUAUAUAAAAGGAGAAACUGACUGACUGACAUAUCAACGCACAGCCUAAACGGCUAAACGUAGGCACUUGAAAUUUGGAAGCGACGUAGCGUAGGUACCGUAGAGGUGCACUAAGAAAGGAAUUCCCGGAAUUCCCAUAGGAACGGGAAUUAGCGGGAAAAUCCUUUUGUAUGAAAAAUCUAAACCGCUUAAGUUAGACGCUUGAAAUUUGGCAUGCAGGUACCUUAGUAAACUUAAAGCUUAGUUGCACCAGGAUAUUGCAAAAUUCCCACGGGAAGUUAGCGGGAAAAAACUUUUGUAUGGAAAAAUGUAAACUGCAUAAGUUAGAUGCUUGAAAUUUGACAUGCACUCCCCAAACACAAAGAUCUCUCUUUUAUAAUACGCCACGCGGACGAAGUCGCGGGCAAAAGCUAGUUUUUAUAUAAGAACUGUCACAUUUACAUGAUCUUGAGAGCAGUCUCGAAGCUGAGAUUAGUUUAUCAAUACCACCCUUUCAUACUCUUGACCUGGGCGUCUAGAAACACCACAUCGUUGCAAUUCAUCAUCAUCAAUAUUGCUAUUUGACAUUUGUUUGCAUAUGCGCUAGAUAUACAGGGUGUUAGUGACAUCGUAACGAAAACUUUGAGAGAUGAUUCAGACCAUGAUUCUGAGUUGAUAUCAAGUGGAAUUUUCCGUCGCAAAAGUAUGGAUAGGAAAAUAAUUAAAAAAACACACAAAAAAACUCAUGAAUUUUUUGACAGGAAAUUCCACUUGAUAUCAACUCAGAAUCAUGGUCUGAACCAUCCCCCUCAGUAUUCGUUACGGUGUCACUAACACCCAUACCUACUUGUAUGGCUACCGUAUGUACUUGUAUGGGGUGUAAGUGACAUCGUAACGAAUACUGAGAGGGAUGAUUCAGCUGAUUAUUCUGAGUUAAUAUCAAGUGGAAUUUUCCAACGCAAAAGUAUAGAAUUGAAAAAAAAAUAAAAAUACUAAAAAAAAUACAUGAUAUUUGCGACGGAAAAAUCCACUUGAUAUCGACUCAGAAUCAUGGUUUGAUUCAUCCCUCAAAGUUUUCGUUACGAUGUCACUAACACCCUGUAUACUAGCUCUAUUGAUUAAUCAUAUAUCCAAAUUGAAUAGAGCUUUCUGGAAUAAUUGUAUUACAAUUCGGUAUUUGCGUUACAACCUAAUUAGUUAGGAUGUUAGUGAGAAAACCUUGUAUAAUAGCGUGUUUACCUAUAGAUAGACUAGUUAGAGUAGGUACUAUAGGAUAUAAGGCUGGGAUAAUUAUAAGUAUUUUUCUUUUUGUUUUUUGUUAUUUAUUUUAGUCUUUUUUAUUUUCUGUACUAAUGAAAUAAACAUCUUGCAAUAAUCAGUUAUACAAAAAAACAUUUGUAGAUAUUUAAAAAAAAUAGUAAAAUUGUACACCAUUCUUAUAUACUUACAGCAGGUUUUACUAACACUGUUGACUCGACCAUUAUAGACGGCGAUACGGCUCACCUCUUUCCACGUUGGUCCAACAGACAGCUCGGUGAGGUGUGCGUAAUUAGUUCAACUCGCGAGUGAUGUCCGGGUCUUGCGAUCUGGAGAUUCCUGAUGGGGACAUUGUCGAAAUCACUUUGUGAGACUGUCCUUUAUUUGGUAACGACUUUUCAUGAUUGAAUCAUCUGAUUGUCCGAAAAAACCUGAUUCCGUGCUUCGGAGGGCACGUUAAGUCGUUGGUACCGGCUAUUAGCCGUAAAAGCACCUCCACCAACCUGCAGUGGAGCAGCGUGGUGGAGUAUGCUCCAUACCCCCUCCGGGUGAUUGAGGGGAGGCGUAGCAGUGGGACGUAUAUAGGCUAUUUAUGUAUGUUAUGUAUGCGAGUAAUGUACCUCUGUCUACCCCAAUAGGAACUUAGUCGUGAGCUUAUGUUAUGUUGUUAUAUAUUAUAGUAUAUCAGACAGGAAUGGUGUGUUUAACAAUGAGAUCGGGUGGCCCUACUGCUGGGCAAAGGCCUAUCCUUGAUUCUUCCACUCCUUGCACACCAUUGUUCAAGAAAAUAAUAAUCCUUUUGGCAGACCCAUCAGAAGGGCUCUUCAGUUAAGGCAUUGUCUAUAAGAAGGGCUCUCUAUAUAGCCUUUUAAUUAACAUAUAUAUCUCGGCCUAUAAUACGGUGUUGUAUAGAUUUAUGAUUUAGAAUAAAUGUAGUAUUAUCUGUAUCAUUAAUGUGUAUACGACGUGUUCAAAUAGACUUUUGAUUUAAAUCAAUUAAUAAAGACUUUAGUUAUGGA